UUUCGUAACUUGGCAACCUGGUCUUCUUUUAACCGAUCGAGGACGAAUGUCAGCUGCCACAUGCCAGAUUUAUUUGCAAAAGAGAAAGGGGUCUAUUUUCAUUUUUGAUAAGUAAUUUUACCAAAGUUUUAUCAUUUAUAGAUGAGUCCAUAAAACAAGCCUAAUAUUUUAUAAAAUACUUAAUUUAAUUACUUUGAGAUCUAAAACUAUUGUGAUUAUUUAACUACAGGGUGUUAUCAAACUUUACUGCAUGUUAUAUCUGAAUAUUUGAAUAUGAUGGAACAUUCUAAAUAUGAUGAACUCUGUAGACUUUGUGCUACCAAAUCGACGAUGGUUCUGGCUAUAAAUAUUUUCGAAAACGAAGGAGCAAUUCGCCAAAUUAGCAAAAAGAUAGAUACAUGUCUUCCAGUGAAGGUGCAUGAACAAGACUGCUUACCAAAAAUGAUAUGCGAAAAUUGUCUGUACAAGUUGGAAUUAUUCAGCGACUUUCGAGAAAGAUCAGCAAGAACAGAAAGGUUGCUGGUAGAAUUGUAUAAAGAAAUUGCAACAACACGGGCUCAGCAACCAUGUUUAGUACCUGUUGAUAACCAUGAAUUAGUCCUUGUUCAGUCACACCACCCAUUACUUGCUGAUCACAGUCUUCGUGAUGUAUCUGAGAUAGACCUUAGUUCUCUAGAGCACCGAGGGGGCAUCAUUGUAGACCAUGAGAUCAUUCUAACUCAUCAGAAUGUUCAUAUAAACUCUACUGCCUUAGACAUUGAUCUCAGCAAUCAUGACUUGAAUCAGGAUCAUUCUAAUCAGAGCCUACAUGGUCAAGAAGUUGCUAUAGUUGAUUCAGCGAGUGAGGCACAAUAUGCUGAAAAUUUAAGUCUGAUGCAACAUCAGUUGUUGACUGAUCAGUUUAGGUUGCAACAAGAGUUGCAGUUAAGUAUAUCUGAUGAUCAUGAGGCUAGUUUACCUGUUGAACAUAUGGCAAAACCUAAUUCACUUCAAGAUCCUGACAGAUAUAGCUUAGAGAAAAUAGAUAGUCAAGAUGUAUGUAAUAUCAGUUAUGAACAUACAAAGCUAUCGAUUGAUGAUAUGCAAUCAAAUUCUGGACUGAACGAUAUGACACCCAAACAGCUUGAUUAUCAUCCAAAGGAUGGGUUUAACAGGGUAGACAGUUUCAAACAUGAGGAUAGUAAUAGUGGCCAUUCUUUCAAAAUAGAACACAAUCAAAUCUCUGAUGCCGAUAAAAUAAUCUACAACAUGAAAGUUGACAAUGAUAACUCAGUAUCUAAUAUUCAAAAACAAUGGUACUACUGUAACCUAUGUUGCAAAUCCUAUGAACAAAGGUGUGCAUUUGAAGACCACUAUGAAAAGCAUUUUCACAAAUGUGAAUUAUGUAUGGCAUUAUUUACUAGUCUAGAUGUGCUGAAUACACACAGAAAAGAAGCACAUGGUUCAUGUAACACUGAGCAAACGGAAGUUCCCAAAAAGCAAUCUUAUGGAUUUGAGUCAGACAGUGGCAUAAAAAGUGAUCAUAGUGACAUUGAGCAUGACUCGGAACAUGGAAAUGAAGGCGAGGGUGAUAUCAAUUCAAACAACGACAAUAAAAAUGCGGAAGAAGAUAAGAAAACUAAAUGCAGUCCAAAGAUUUGUAAAGAAUGUGGAAAAUCGUACAAAACAAAUUACAAGUUGGCAGAACACAUGAGGAAACACACAGGCGAGAAACCAUACAAAUGUAAAUCUUGUGAGAAGGCAUUUAGGUCGAAAAUAGGUUUAGCCCAGCAUGAAGCUAAGCAUACAGGCCAGUACAGCUAUUCGUGUUCCACCUGCGGCAAAGGCUUCCAGUGCAAAAGUUAUCUGAUGGUUCACCAACGCGUUCAUUCUACUGAAAAACCUUUUCCUUGUACCACUUGUGGGCAAAACUUUAAGACAAAACAAUCUCUGUUGGACCACACAAACAGGCACUUAGGAGUGAAGCCUUAUAUGUGUGAUCUUUGUGGAAAAGGCUUCAUCACUAAAGGUUUAUGUAGAGCACACCAAAAAAUCCAUUCGGGUCAAGACAAUAGAAAAUAUUCCUGUAAAAUAUGUAACAAGAUGUUCGUGUCAAAAAGUUAUCUGCAGACCCAUUCUCGGAUUCAUACGGGAGAAAAACCCUUCAUGUGUGAGGUUUGCGGGAAGGGCUUCCUGACAAGGGUGGAUUUGAAAAUACAUUCAACGAUGCAUACUGGCGAAAAAUCUUAUGUCUGUGAGAUGUGCGGCAAAGCUUUUGCUAGGAGAGACGCUUUAAGAUGCCAUAGAAGGUCGCAUACAGGAGAGAGACCAUACAGCUGUGAAGUUUGCGGGCAGACCUUUACGCAGUUCACUCCAAUGGCCAUACAUAAACGUCUUCAUACCGGAGAGAGGCCUUACGCGUGUGAAACCUGCGGGAAAACGUUUGUUUCAAGGUCCACCAUGAUGUCACACGCCAAAAAACACGUUCGAUAGUUGUACGCGGAUAUUAAGGCCUUAGAGUUCACGAAUGUUGGCCUUCGAUAUGCUUAUUUUCUGUAUUAUAUAUUUGUCAUGUAAGACGUAAGACUGACUACAGUGUAGUGUUAUAUCAUGGAGGCUGCACAGCAUGCAUAGACGAGAAUAGACUGCAAUCAAGGAUAUGUGACACAGUGGCGUAGCUAUCUUGGGUGGCACCCGCGGAUGUUGGUGGGGUCACCCCAUCGAAAUUCAAAAGCAAUAAAUUUUAUAUGACUUAUAAACGUCAUGGAUCAUUUAAUGUUUAUAUUCGAAAUAUUGAACAAACGACAAAACAAUAAAAACUAAGACAUAAAAAAUAUUUUUAUCUUCUUUCUAGCUUUGGCAGCUGCAUACUCAGAAAUAACUUCAUCAAAAUUUAUAUUUUGUAUUGCCUCGUGUUCGAUGGCUAAUAUGCAAAGAUUGCUAACCCGCAAUUGGGUCAUUGUUGUCCGCAAAUCGUUUUUUAUUAAUUUCAUUUUACUGGAACUCCUUUCACAUGAAGCUACGGGCAAGUAAACUGUCAUGAGCAUUUUAAUAUUCGGUAAAAUCCCAUUCUACAAUAGACUUUGAAAAAUCUAGUGAUACCCAACCAGAAACUGCCACAUUAGCGGCUUUUAAGUGUCUUCCCAGUCUUGGAUUUUGGAUGUAUGUAGCUAAUUUUACUUUUUCAGUAUUCGCCAAAAGCAAAGUAUUUCUUUGUACGAUCUCGAACAAUGAAGCUAGGUCUUAAAGAUACUUUAAUCUUGUCUAUAGUUCAUCUCUGAAUCGGUUAAUACAUUCCAACAUAUCUUUUUCAAGUUCUUCUUUCAGUGUGAGUCCUGCAUCACUGGCCAUCUCACCAACCACCGGUUUUUCACGACGAAGUCGUUUUUCUGUUGGAAUAUCGGUGUCUUCUGAUUGUUUUGUAGCAAUAUAUAUUGCCUCUUCCACGAUGUUAACUCGAUUUUCUUCGAUACAAAGACGAAGUGCCUCUAUGUUUGUAGCAGUUUAAGCCUUUAGUUUGCAAUGCAAUCUGUGCAAUUUUUUUUGUUUGUAUAUUGUUCUUGAAGUUGAGUCACCGAGUGGGUGUCACUCCAAAAAAGGUGGCACCCGGUGCGGACCGCCCCUCCCUUGCUACGCCACUGUUGACACAGGCACGAGUGACAAACCUUACGAUGAAAUGACACAAUGGAGCAUUAUUUCUAUCAAGCGUUUGUAGCCAUAUUUAAUUCUUUAUUCAUCCUUGAAUACAGUUCAGUUAUACUUGCAGCCUUCCAUGGUUACUUAACCAAAAAAUAAUGAAAAUAUGUAGGUAUCAUGGAUUAUCUUUUUUGUAAAGCUCAAGUACUGAUUUUUUAUUGCCUUGGUAAGGAUGAAACAUAUUGUGUAAACUGAAGUAAUUUAGUUGUAAAGACUGUUUAUUCACUUUAUUAAAUGUACAUUUUUAUAUAUCAUAUA